AGGCCAUUGAUUGGGAUCCGGGAAUGUAACCGAAAAGAGGAAGAGUCCUUGGAACAGGAGUUCCACUGCUCGGCUCAUAACAAGCGCCUCUGGAUGACGCCAACCCGAAUUGAGGAUAGGGACACUACCACAGUAGUAGAAGGAGAGCUCUUAGCCAUGCCGCGAAGCAAAGAACACCUCUAGAGGUAGGGAAGAAGAUUGGAGUAUAAGAAGGACGAAGGUCGGUCACAAAACCAAAGUAGAGAGAUUUCCUCCCCAUCCUCACCUGCAUUCAUCAGCUUCUCUUUCUCCCUCACCAAGUCCAGCAUCCCCAAACCGUUAAAAUGGUCGCCAUGAAGUUCGCCACCAUCGCCGUCCUUGCGACUGUCGCCGUCGCUGCGCCAACCACUGCCGUCACCACCGCGGAGGAGGUCAAGCCUUGGAGCUGGUCCCAGUGGGUCGCCGACCUCAUGAACCCCGACGUAGUCGCCCUCACCCCUGAGCAGGCCGUUGAGGCCUACUACGCGAGCCUCAACGCCACCGCGUCCACCCACGACGGCGCCGCAAGUAUCAAUAAACGAUACUUGUCGUGGUGCACCACGGAUGAGCAAGAUACUCCUCGUCACUUGCUUCGGCCCGACGUUGACGCCGCCGUCAAGUGCGUGAGCAGCCUGGCGGCGUUGGGAACCAGUGUUAGCUACGCCGUCAAACCCUUUUACAUACUUUGCCAAGAGAUUAUUGGAGUGAGGAUGAUAGUCAGCUUGUAUGGGACGGCGGAAUCGGUUUUGUAUACCACAGCUCAUGAUUUCGCCGUUGCUGGUGGACACAUUAUGGACUCUUGCACCUGGGGCGGCACAACUGGUGGAUAUAUCAUCGAGAAUAACCAGAAGACCUUGGAGUAUGAGUUGACCAAGUUGGGCGCUCAGUAGGGCGAUCUAGGUCGGAUAUCCAAAAGUUUCGAAAAGAAAAUAAGAAGUCUCUGCCAGCUGCAGGCAUUACUAGGCUCGCACGGGGCGCGGGGUAAUGGCUAUCGUACAAGAGGGUUUGACAGAUAUGUAUACAGCUAGGCUAGGGGACGGGGAUAUGACGUGGUGUGUUAUCGCCAAGGGGUAUGGAAUAUGGUCACGUGGAUAAUGACGAAUAGUAAUGCCGAGGGACAAGGAAAGCGAUUUAGGAAUACACACAACCUAUCUUGGAGAGUUGUGGGCAGGUUCUGAGCCAAUCC